AUGACCACUUACACCUUCGUACAAGCAACUGAAAAAGAUGAAGAGAAGAUCCUUGAGUUUCUCUUUGCACAAUUUGCCGUCAGCGAUCCAAUUUCGAAAUCAAUAAAGUUGACGAAAGGCGAUGCGAUUGAAUUGUUUUGCGAUGAUGCUAGAUUAGGUACAAACAAAUAUUCUACACUUAUAUAUGAUGAUCGCGAACGGUAA